CAUCCAUUUUCUAUAGAAUCAUAAAAAAAUCAAUUUUGACGUUAUAGAAAGCAAUGUUUUAUAAUUUUAUGACUGUAACGAGUGAAUAGUUAUGAAUUAUACCGAAGUAACUGGAGUGUUAUGUUGGAUGUUAGAUUUCCAAGUAUUUCCAUGGAUUCGCUAAGAUGAAAUUAUCAUAAUAAAUCGUUAUAAUAUGACAUGUAUUACAAAACAUUUGUAACUAUAAUCCAUUUCUAAUCUUUAUGUAUUGUGUGUCUAGAGUUUGUAAAGGUUAUUAAAGAAAGAAUACUUCGAUGGUGUUCUUUGAUUUUGUAUCAGUGAUCUAUAAAUUGAAGUGGAAAUGGUUCGAGUAAAUAACUUAAUGGCUGCUCAGGAGGUUGUAAAAACACCACAUCGCAUUGAAUUAUGUGAAGAGAAGCUGGUUAAACCAACACGAAAUUAUAGAAAGCGCAGGAUUAUUACAUCUGCACCUGUAAAGACUGAAAAUGAAGAAUUGCUGUUGGAACCAGCUAUUAAGAAAGAAUUAAAGUCUAAACCAUUGAAAGCAUCAAAUGGCAUUACUAAUAUGACAAAUGGCAGCACAGCAAGAUCGAGGGCGGCAAGAGCAGCAGCUCGCGCUGCAGAAAGUCACAAACUCACUGAAUAUUUUAAAGAAGAACUUAAAGUUCCUAAAAUAGAACAACCUUCAUCUCCACCGGCACUACAAAACAAUGCUAAAGUAGAAGUAUUAUCUAAAGGGGAACUUCUAACCAAACUUGAUGCCAAAGUAAAUGGAAGCACUAAUCAUAAAUUGACUGAGUACUUCCCUGUUAGGCGUAGUGUAAGAAAGACUUCUAAAUGUGUUAUGGCUGAAAAGAUGAGAGAUUUAGAAAGAGCAAUAAGAGAACAGAGAGAAGAUGGUCUUCAGGUUGCGUAUUUCGAUGGCAAGGGUCGCGGUGUUAUCGCCACGCGUCCAUUUGGCCGCGGCCAAUUCGUGGUGGAAUACUCUGGCGAGCUGGUUGGAGUGGCGGAAGCACGCGAACGGGAAUACAAGUAUGCCCAAGACCCGAACGCUGGCUGCUAUAUGUACUACUUUAGACUUCAAGAUCAACAGUAUUGUAUCGACGCAACAGCCGAGUCGGACCGUCUGGGCCGCCUUGUGAACCACUCCCGCAACGGCAACCUGUCCACGAAGGCGGUCUGGGUUGACGGGCCGCGCCUCGUCCUGCUGGCGGCGCAAGACAUUUCGCCUGGCGAGGAACUAACCUACGAUUACGGUGACCGCUCUAAGCAGUCGCUGCAACACCACCCAUGGCUUGCGCUUUGACCUGGGUAACGUUCUUUAGGUAUGCAUCCGGGAAACGCUACUUAUCCUCUUAAUGAUUAUUUAUUAAUUUAAAGUUAGUUAAUAUAAAGUUUGUUAUAGUUUUUAUUUGAGUUUGGACAUCUGUAGGUAUUGUUAAGUAGUGAGAAAAGUGGCCUACUCUAGUUCGAUAUUUCAACAGGGUGGACAUUGAUAGAAAAAAAACUGCCUUUUAUGUCACUCAUCAUUGUACGAUGAUGUAUUUACUAUGAUAGUGAAACGUUUAGGAGAAAUGUGACAAUGGUUGACUGUUCUUCCAUCGGUAUUGUUUCAUUUUGACAAUUACUAGUUUACGGAGGAAGUUAAGUGGUAAACCUACUUAUUUUUAAGUAAAAUAUUACACGACGCGACGCCUCGAUGCAUUGAGUUCUUUAAUAAUCAUUAAAUAUUAUUAUUGGUAUCAGUAUUUCCUAUAUGUAAAACUACUUGUUAUGGGAAUGGAGAUAAACUCAUAUACUCGAAUUUUUCGAAAGCUAUACUUAAGUAGGUAUAAAUAAAUAAUUAAUGAUUAAUGUUAACUCACGAUUAUUGUUUAUUUCACCUAAUUUUAAUGUUAUUAUAUUACAAAUAUAUCACAGUUCCUGUUAGUGAACAUUGCAUAUUUA